UUUCUUUGUCUUUCCGAAUCUAUCCCUACCCUUUUUCUCUUCCAUCCGGAUUGUAGAUUCGUAGGAUCUCCAUCCACGGCGGCGCCGAAGCCGAGCCGCUACGCUUGGCCACUGUCCGGGUUCACGCUACGUUUUAUAACUCACUUCCAACUAUAUAACGCAAAUUUUGUUACCGUUUCACCAUCUUCCCUUUCUGUGGCUUCGUGUUUUCUUAAUCGCCGAUCCUCUCCGUGCUUCAGAAGAUCAGCAUACAUGUUCACUAAUGACCAGAGGCAACUAGAACGAACAGGGAGAUAUGGAACCCACAGGUUACAAUUCCUUCAGGAUUUGGUGACUGAGUUUCAGAACACAUCUGAGGAUGAAACUAGAGAGAAGAAUUUGGCAAAUUUGGCAAACUUUGCCUAUGAUCCUUACAACUACAACUUCUUGCGUCAGCUUAACGUUUUGGAGCUUUUCAUUGACUGCUUAACUGAACCCAAUGAAAAGCUUGUAGAAUUUGGUAUAGGAGGGAUCUGCAAUUCGUGUGUUGAUCCAGCCAAUGCUGCAAUUGUAACUAGUGUUGGUGGGAUACCUCUUAUAAUUCAAUGUUUAUCAAGCCCAGUUAGGAACACUGUUAAUUAUGCAAUCGGGGCACUCUAUUAUAUCUGUAACGAAUCUAACAAGGAAGAAAUUUUAAAGCCUGAAGUUAUUGAUGUCAUCUGGAGGUAUGCAGCUAGUGAAGAAGUUAGUGUGAGCUUCAGUAAUCUGGCUAAAGCUUUUUUGAAUAAACAUCUAUCAGUGAACUAGCAAGAGAGACAGAUUACCAUUCCAUACUCAUUUACAAGAGGGAACCAUUUUUCUCAAAAUUUAAAUAUUUCUUCACGCUCCAAUUCAGUUUUUUAGUUGUUUACUCAAACUAAGAGUCUUGUCUUGCACAAAAGUUAGAACGUCCGCAUAUAAGGAUGGAACAAGUAUUUGAUCAUACAUUAGCGGGAAAUAAAUUUUUAGGGCCCUUCUCUCUCUCUGUAAACACACAACUAUUCCCCUUGAUUUGGGUUCAUUUUGUGUAAUAGUAUUACUGUAUAUUCUGAUGGUGCAAAAAUUUGUGUAGACAUUACACAUUAAAAUUUAAGAAAUGAACACGAUGCUGACAUAGGAGUCUUCCCUGAAAA